AUGGCUAAUUCUCCAGUUACUAUCGACAAGGAUUCCAAUACUAAAAUUAAUCAACUCGUGGAUAUGGUAAAGGACUUGAAAAACCAACAAAAUAAAAUUGUCGUAUCUUUAAACUCGUAUCGUGAUGCUAUUAAGGCGCAAGAAAAAAAAAUCGAUCUACUAUCUACUCAGUUAACUGAAGUCCUGGAUGAUAAUAAAUCAUUAAGGAUAAAAGUUGAACAACUUGAAACUAAAUUAUUGGAUAUAGAACGUACUCAAAAUACCGAACCAUUGGUUGCUACGGCUCAGGAAAAAGUUUAUUCUGAACUUUUGGAUCGUCAAUCUCGAGCACGCAAUGUAAUCUUGUUUAAUGUUCCCGAACCUUCUGUACCAGGUCAAUCACAAGAUACUUCAACUGCCAAGGAUAUACUUAACACCAUCGGUAUACAAACUAUUCCAGUGUCUAUUCAUCGAUUAGGUAAACUCUCAAAUAAACCUCGUCCACUACGUGUCACUCUUCCUAACUCAUCUGACGUCUUCAAAGUUUUAAGAGUGAAAAGGCAACUACUAAAUGUAAGCAAUCUAAAUGCUAUUCGAAUUUCAUCUGAUCAAACCCUGCAACAACGUAAAUAUUUUGCAUCUACUAUGGCUGUAUUGAAAAAUCGGAGGGAUUCUGGUGAAAGCGAUUUAUUUAUUAAAUAUAUAAACGGUUUGCCGACUAUCUUAAAAAACGACAGAGCAAACGCAAAAUUUUAA